AUGAACUCCGACUUCACGGAAUUCGAAUUCGUGGUGGGCGGAUCGUCACCAAAUGCGUCGGGAGAGCCACCUCAACCAACAGGAUCCCCGAUUCUGUCCGAAGAAGCUGCUUUCGGUCGCAAGAACUGCGCCAACUGCACCAAGCCUCACUCGGCUCUUUGGUGCGAGCAGUGUGCUGAGAACGACGUCGGCCAGCUGCGCGUCUUCUAUUGCACCGAAUCCUGUCGAGCGCAGCAUGCCGCGGCUCACAAGGACGUCUGUGAGACGCGUCGCCGUCUCUCCCGUGCCGUUUUGAUCUUCAGGGAGCUCUGGACCACGUUUGAGGAAGAAACCUUUGCGACCAGUGUUUGUUUCGUCAAUGAGAGAAACGACAAAGUACUUCUUACACUCAAAGACAGGGACUCUCGCGAGGGAGCAUGGACGGGGAACUCUUUUCUGAGGCAGUUUCCCGGUGACGUCGUUCCAGGAAACGCCACGGAUGCAGUCAAGAAAGCUGUGCUUUUUGACAACACUUGCUCUGAGGUGGUUUCUAUGGGAAUUCCAUUCAUCAACAUCCUCUUGAAGCCAAUCACAAAAGAUAUCAAAGAGGCAGAAGUCUGCAUCAAGGAUCCAGCAAUAGUCGUUGUCCUAACUCAUGGUUUUAACGACUCACACCUUGGUCAUUGUGUUCUACGCAUCACUCUACAAACUGGCGAGACUUUUGCGAUUGACUUCACCGGCGCCCAGUAUGGCUGGAGAAGCCAGCUCUAUACCUGGAAUACAUACAUUGAACAACGAGCCAAGACGGUCAACGGCGUCACGCCACUAGGUACAACAUCACUGCAGGAAUCGGCGGUGUACUCUCUUUUCGCUCCGAAUAGCAUCGCGAAAGCAACUCGUGCAUUUCGCACCAACGUCGUUCACGAUGGACUCAUCAGAGGUCUAGUGACUUACUUCGUUCAACACCAAACCUCGGUGAAAGAUUUGCUUUCCUUGCCUGGCUCUUCAUUCGUGCAUGAGCGUGCGCAGCUGGUCAAUUUUGUCAAGGACUCCAUUCGCCGUCGAGUGCAGGAACUUCGCGAUCUAGGUGUUGGCCGACCUUAUUUCGACCGACAUUUCGAACCUCACUACACGACGACGGCCGAGGAGGGGCUCAAGUACCAGGGUAUUUGGCUGUCCCAGGAACAGUACAACGCGAACAAGGGCAACUUGAACGCCCUUAAGCGUAUCUGGAACAAGAGACUGGGCAGCAGUUCCUAG